GCUUUCUCCUGUCUCUAUAUAUAUCCGAUUCCUUCCUAUUUUUUUCACACAAUUUUCAGAGCCUGUAAUCUGCUUCUCUAUCUUUCUCUCUUUCACUCUCCCUCUGAUGGCGUCGAGAGUUUUGAUGCCAAGCUUAAACCUGAACAAUGUUACAUUUCCAGGGCACAAUCAGGCUCAGUCACAUUCAUUUGGGCAAGUUUGUUUGCCAAAGAAAACUGGGAUUUCUUCAUCAAGACAAUCGGUUAUUGCUAAUAACUCUUUAGUAACUCCAGCAGCUAUGGUGGUGAGUACCAAAACUUGUUCCAUCUUGUCUCAUUUCUGGAGAGAAUUACAAGGUUCAAACAACUGGGAAAAUCUAAUUGAACCAUUGCACCCGCUUCUUCGAAAAGAGAUUAUUCGAUAUGGAGAGUUCGUCACCGCUUGUUACAAGGCCUUUGAUCUUGACCCCAACUCCAAAAGGUACUUGAAUUGCAAGUAUGGGAAAAAGAGUAUGCUAAAGGAGGUUGGGAUGGACAAUUCUGGUUACCAAGUAACAAAAUACAUCUACGCUACACCUGAUGUUAAUAUCCCAAUCCAAAAUGGGACUUCUUGUGGCCGUUGGAUCGGAUAUGUAGCCGUCUCAUCAGAUGAAGCUGUGAAAAGGCUUGGGAGAAGAGAUGUGUUGAUUACUUUUCGAGGGACAGUUACAAACCAUGAAUGGCUUGCCAAUUUCAUGAGUUCACUCACGCCUGCACGCCUCGACCCGCAUAAUCCGAGGCCAGAAGUGAAAGUGGAGUCUGGGUUUUUGAGCUUGUACACUUCAGAUGAAACCGACAGCAAGUUCGGGCUCGAAAGUUGUCGGGAACAGCUUCUAUCUGAGGUUUCCAGGUUAUUAAACAAGUACAAAGGUGAAGAGUUGAGCAUAACUUUGGCUGGUCACAGUAUGGGGAGUGCUUUGGCUCUUCUUCUUGCAUAUGAUAUAUCAGAGCUCGGUUUGAAUCAAACCAAUUCAGACCAAGAUCACAUACCAGUCACUGUCCUCUCAUUUGGGGGACCAAGGGUUGGGAACUCAAGUUUCAAGCAAAGGUGUGAGGAAUUGGGGGUUAAAGUGUUGAGAGUAGUCAAUGUCAAUGACCCCAUUACAAAGCUUCCAGGGGUUUUAUUCAAUGAGAAUUUUAGGGUUUUGGGAGGGAGAUAUGAGUUCCCAUGGAGCUGCUCUUGUUAUGCUCAUGUUGGUGUUGAACUAGCCCUAGACUUCUUCAAUGUCCAAAAUCCUUCAUGUGUUCAUGACCUGGAAACCUAUAUCAACUUACUCAAAUGGCCCAAAAGAGUGCAAAUGCAAAAGGAGGGUUUUGAUUUCUUGAAUACGGCAAGGGAGUUGAUCUUGAGUGCUCAAAGCUUUAACAUUAAUUUGCCAUGGAAAGAUGCUGCAAUCAACAUGGUAAACAUGGUUCAAUCUCAAAAAACUUAAUUCUUAGUUAAAAAUAUUAACCUUAGGUAUAUAGAUGAAGAACCCCGUUGGCCUUAUCCUCUUUUUUACCCAUCAUAUAUAUAUAGGGCCAGAAAAUAGUUAUUAAUUGUACAU